CGCGUAUGCCAACUCAAUCUGAGGGAACGCGUCAGUGACAAGUUCCAUCUUACAAGUACGCUCCUCCCUCCUCGUCUCCCGAUUCAUCAACCAUGGCCCGAAGAUAUGAUAGUCGAACAACAAUAUUCUCUCCGGAAGGCCGGCUUUACCAAAUCGAAUAUGCCAUGGAAGCCAUUUCACACGCAGGAACAGUCCUCGGUGUACUCGCAAAGGACGGUGUUGUUCUGGCCGCUGAGAAACGUGUGACAGGGAAGCUCCUCGAUCUUUCCAGCGCAAAGGAAGGUGGGGGCUACGGCGGUAGUGGAGAGAAGAUGUUCCUAUUAAACUCAAAUGUAAUCGGAGGCGUUGCAGGCAUCACGUCCGAUGCGAAUUCGCUAGUGAACUACGCGCGGACUGUGGCACAACAACAUCUUUUGCAGUAUAACGAUGAUAUACCAGUUGAGCUUCUUGCACAGCGAUUGUGCGAUAUGAAACAAGGAUAUACGCAAUUCGGAGGUCUGCGUCCUUUCGGCGUCUCCCUGUUAUAUGCAGGCUAUGACCCACAUUACCAUUUCCAAUUGUACCAUUCUGACCCAUCUGGCAACUACUCUGGGUGGAAAGCAACAUGCAUCGGGGCGAACAAUGGCACGGCACAGAGUUUACUCAAACAAGAAUACAAAGAUGACUUGGGCGUCGAGGAGGCUAUCGGGCUUGUACUGAGGGUAAUGAGCAAGACGAUGGACAGCACAACUCUUGGAAGCGAGAAGCUCGAAUUUGCAGUCCUCACAUACGACCAAGUAGCAAAAGCACCAAAAGCUAAGAUUUACAAACCUGCAGAAAUUGAUGCUCUGCUUCGGGCGGAAGGGCUUGCGAAGAAGGAUGAGGAUACAGAGAUGAAGUAAUUGAUCAUACUCAUAGCUGUAUUCGUGUACAACAAUUUCUUCAACCUUUGGAGUGAUUAAUUAUGAAGCGUAGAAGAAACCGGCAUUCUGAUUAAUGGUCUGUCUAUAUCAGACCUAGUCUUUGAUAGAGCCAUGGAGACUAAUCGAAGCGAUGUAAGCAGAAGGGAUAUACAUCCAUAUUGAUAGCAGCUUUCCCCAUGUACACAUAUCAAUGACAUGUCAUCCCCUUGUCAGCAAGACCGUUUGACUCAAUAGUGUCACCCAAGAUGUAGUGUCCUGCCCCGGCACCAAGGAUAACUGCAAAAAUCAGACAUACAUUAUACGUCAUAAACACAAGCAUCAAAAAGAAAGACAAGCCAACGCUGGCUCCAUACAGCACAGCGCGCAUGGCACGAUAGAGAGGGGGAACAGCGAAUCUAUA